AUGGCCCAGGAGGCUUUGAAAGAAAAAGAACUCGGCAAUGCAGCCUACAAGAAGAAGGAAUUCGAUAAUGCGUUAAGUCAUUACGAUAAGGCGAUUGAACUGGAUCCUACCAAUAUAACGUUCUAUUCGAACAAAGCUGCAGUACUGUUAGAGCAACAAAAAUACGAGGAUUGCAUUCAGCUGUGCCAGAAAGCGGUUGAAGUUGGACGUGAGCAAAGAGCCGAAUACACACUUAUCGCUAAGGCGUUGACUCGUAUUGGUAAUGCAUACUUGAAGAUGGAUAAAUUGAACGAUGCUAUUUUAUGGUUUGAUAAAUCGCUAUCUGAGCAUAGGGAUCCGGAGCUAGUUAAGAAGAAGAAGCAGCUGGAGAAGGAAUUAGCUGAAAAAGAGAGACUGGCCUAUAUUGACCCGGUUAUCUCAGACAAGGAGAAAACGGUGGGCAAUGAGCUUUUCAAGCGAGGCAAUUAUCCGGGUGCAAUGAAGCACUAUAACGAGGCAAUCAAGCGCAAUCCCGAUAACGCGAUUUUAUACUCGAAUCGUGCAGCGUGCUACACGAAACUGAUGGAAUUUCAGCGUGCCCUUGAUGACUGUGAGACUUGUAUUAAAAAGGAUCCAUCGUUUAUCAAAGGUUAUAUUCGUAAGGGGGCCGCGUUGAUUGCAAUGAAGGAAUUUGGAAAGGCGCAAGUGGCAUUCGAGAUGGCGCUCUCAAUUGAUAGUAAUAAUGCUGAGGCAAAAGAGGGCCUUAUGAAUGCGAUCAGUAACAACGACGAAUCGCCCGAGAAGGCUCGUGAACGCGCUUUACAUGAUCCGGAAGUGCAACAGAUUCUUAGCGAUCCUGGCAUGAGAGUUUUACUGGAGCAGAUGUCGAACGAUCCGGGCGCAGUUCGUGAACAUCUCAAGAACCCGGAUAUCUUCAAGAAGUUGAUGAAACUGCGUGAGGCUGGUAUCAUUCAGAUGCGAUAA